AUGACUUGGGACGUGGGCUCCUGCCUCUUUUCACUGAAUCCUGGCUCAGCAGCUGGAGGAAGCAAAGGCUUCUGGCACCAGGUGCUCACCUACUACCUAAGGGCUUUGCAGCGUGGGAAAGUUGAUGCCCUUGUCCUAUACCAUUCCUACCAUGCAAUUAGUGGUGGGGGCACUUGCCAGCCCGGAGCCUUCCUCUCUGGCUUGGCUGGGGACCCCAGGAGUUGGGCAGAACAGGGCCGCGUCUACAACUUCCUCGAGCGCCCCACCGGCUGGAAGUGCUUCGUCUACCACUUCGCCGUCUUCCUUAUUGUCCUGGCCUGCCUCAUCUUCAGUGUGCUGUCCACCAUCGAGCAGUACGCCGCUCUGGCCACCGGGACCCUCUUCUGGAUGGAGAUUGUCCUGGUGGUGUUCUUUGGGACAGAAUAUGUGGUCCGUCUCUGGUCUGCAGGCUGCUGUAGCAAGUAUGUGGGCAUCUGGGGCCGGCUGCGUUUUGCCCGGAAGCCCAUUUCCAUCAUCGACCUCAUCGUGGUUGUGGCCUCCAUGGUUGUCCUCUGUGUGGGCUCAAAAGGGCAGGUGUUUGCCACAUCAGCUAUCAGGGGCAUCCGUUUCCUCCAGAUCCUGCGGAUGCUACACGUAGACCGCCAGGGAGGCACCUGGAGACUCCUGGGCUCCGUGGUCUUCAUCCACCGCCAGGAGCUGAUCACCACUUUGUAUAUUGGCUUCCUGGGCCUCAUCUUCUCCUCCUACUUUGUGUACCUGGCUGAGAAGGAUGCAGUGAAUGAGUCGGGCCUCGUGGAGUUUGGAAGCUACGCAGAUGCACUGUGGUGGGGGGUGGUCACAGUCACCACAAUCGGCUACGGCGACAAGGUACCCCAGACCUGGGUUGGGAAGACCAUUGCCUCCUGCUUCUCUGUCUUUGCCAUCUCCUUCUUUGCACUCCCAGCGGGGAUCCUUGGCUCUGGGUUUGCCCUGAAAGUCCAGCAGAAGCAGAGGCAGAAGCACUUCAACCGACAGAUCCCGGCUGCCGCAUCACUUAUCCAGACUGCGUGGAGGUGCUAUGCUGCUGAGAACCCCGACUCUUCUACCUGGAAGAUCUAUGUGCGGAAGCCCACUCGGAGCCACAUGCUGCUCUCCCCUAGCCCCAAACCAAAGAAGUCUGCCAUGGUCACGGUAAAGAAAAAGAAGUUCAAACCAGACAAGGAUAAUGGAGUGAGUCCUGGAGAGAAGAUGCUCACAGUCCCCCAUAUCACAUGUGAUCCCCCAGAAGAGCGGAGGCCAGACCAUUUCUCUGUUGAUGGCUAUGACAGUUCUGUAAGGAAGAGCCCCAUGCUGCUGGGAGUAAGCCCAGCCCACUUCCUGAGAACCAACAGCUUCGCUGAGGACCUGGACUUGGAAGGGGAGACGCUGCUGGCCCCCAUAACCCACGUGUCACAGCUGAGAGAGCAUCACCGGGCUACCAUCAAGGUCAUCCGGCGCAUGCAGUACUUUGUGGCCAAGAAGAAAUUCCAGCAAGCACGGAAGCCCUACGAUGUACGGGAUGUCAUCGAGCAGUACUCUCAGGGCCACCUCAACCUUAUGGUGCGAAUCAAAGAGCUGCAGCGAAGGUUGGACCAGUCCAUCGGGAAGCCCUCCCUGUUCAUCCCCAUCUCAGAAAAGAGCAAGGACCGUGGCAGCAACACGAUCGGCGCCCGCCUGAACCGGGUGGAAGACAAGGUGACACAACUGGACCAGAGGCUGGUGGUCAUCACGGACAUGCUCCACCAGCUGCUCUCCCUGCACCAAGGUGGCCCCCACAGUGGGGCUGGGCCCCAAGUGGUGCAGCCCUGUAGCGAAGAUGGCUCCAUCCACCCUGAGCUCUUCCUGCCCAGCAACUCCCUGCCCACCUAUGAACAGCUGACUGUGCCCCGAAGGGGUCCCGAUGAGGCAUCCUGAGGGACUGGGGCUGGGGCAGGCCUGGAAGAGGAGGCCCAGGAAGCCCCAGCCAGCCCAGGACCACUUCCCGGAUGUCCCUGAGAGAACAGCCUGGCCCCCCAAGCCUGGACACUGUGAUCAUACCACCCAGCAGAGGCUGAGCUCAGGGGCCCACCACAGUUGCCUCCUCCCACCAGUGGGUACUAGAACUUGGCUGAAUCUGGGGUCCUUCUCGGAUCUGAGCUGGCACCCUCGUCACUGUGACAACAUCAUUAACAAGGGGGUUGGGACCCAGUGGCAAGAUGCAUCCAAGGCACCCAACCUGGCCCAGGUAUGGCCAGAACACAGCAUAGUCUAAGGGAGGCCAUCAUGGUUGGGCCAGUAGGCUUCCUGGGAGGAGACACAGGAAAGGCCAAAACAGGGAGCUGGUUCCAAGGGCCCCACAAGGAGCAGGCAGGGCAGGGCAGGGCAGGCCCAGCCCAUGGCAAAGGCCUAAACGCCUGCUCAGUGGGUUGGGGCCUGGCUCCCUCCCUCUCUAGAGAUGCUGAGUUCUUGGGCAGGCAGGGCACCAGAGUGCCCUGAAGUCACGGCUUCCCCAGGGCACACCACAAAUAACAAUGGCCCCUCCUGCACCCUGAGGGAGCAAGGCCUUCCUGGCCUGCUCUACAUGCAGCCCCUCCUCCAGCUCCUCACUCCUUCUGAGCAGGUAGGCUGUCACGUGGACGAGAGCUGUCCCAUCCCCUCAGCCAACUGCUGAGCCAUGGAAGAGUUUAAAGGGUGUCACAGUUGCUACAUGGGAUGGGUUCCUUCUGGGCAUUACAUCUCAGAGAAAUCAGAAUGAUCUGUGGUGAUUUGGAAUCUUGUUCUAAUGAAUUUCACAGUGUGAUUUUGAUUAUUAAUCGCACAGCCUUUCCCUAAUAAACAUGGAGCUC